AUGGGAAAACCCUACUUUGUAGCUCUUCUCAUUCCUAUCUUACUCUCUCCCUUUACAUCUACAUGUUCAGAUGACACUGGAGGUAGUAGAAGAGCUUGUUGUCCAAGCGAUAUUCAGAUAUAUCAAUGGCCAUCAGGGUACACAGGCCUUCACGAACCUGAAUUCACCGUGGUAAUCGUCAACGAGGCAUGGUUGGUUGAUGGGGUGUUUGAUGUUCAAAUUUCUUGUGGUGAGUUUGCAUCCACCAAGCUAAUCAAUCCAAUGAUUUUCCGGCGUAUCGGGUUCGGAAAGUGCCUUCUUAAGGAUGGCAAGAAGAUAAGUCCUGGUGAAGUAAUUUCCUUCCAGUAUUCCAAUGUGCUUCCUUAUACUUUUAGUGUGGUGGAGGUAAAGUGUUAG